UUCCCUCCCCACCACAUUCUCUGUCGUCCUCUCUCUCCUCUUCUCCGCUCCCUCGACGCACGCACCUCAUUCAAUCCGUCUCACCUGCCUGCCUGCCUCUCUCUCUCUCUCUCUCUGUUUCUCUCCUCUCCUCCCUCUCUCAUCGACGGACUUCCUGCGAGGAACCGAGGAGGAAGAGGAGGAACACAGAGGGCUGUCCAGACGCUUCCUCUGCAUCGUACACCUAUGCUGCGGCAGGAUGGAGGAAGCUAACGUCCAAGGGACAAGCCACCCCUCCUCCAUCGCUCCUGUUCCAUCCAGUUCUGACCAAGGCUCUCAAUCCCAGCAGCAACAGGUCCACCGCCUGCUGGAUGAAACGCAGGAGCCAGACAGCCGCUUCAGCGAGGCCGUCGAUCCCAAGGCCAGCAUCGACACCGCGGCGCCCAUCGAUUCCGUCAAGGGCGCCGUCACCAAAUUCGGAGUCGGAGGGGUUGAUUGGAAAGAGAAACGCAAGCAAGUCCAGGAUGAGCUCGACCAGGUGCAGGAAGAGGUCACGGAGUACCAGAAGAGAGCACAGGAGGCGGAGGCCGGCAGAGCGCAAGCUCUGCGGGACCUGGGAACCGCCGUGAACACUGCCGACGAGCUCAGGCUGGGCCUCGAGAUGGCGCGGGCGGAGCAGAACCAGGCGCGGGAGCAGGCGGACCUCGCCGAGCUGCGCCUCGAGGAGGCGCGGCGCGGCGCCGCGGCGAAGGCGAGGGCGGAGCUCGACGCCGUCAGGGAACGCCGCGCGGCCGCGCUCGCGGACCUGCGGGCGUCGCGAACGGAGGCCGAGUCGCUGGAAAAGGUGCGCGCGCGCGCCGCGGCCGAGGCGGGCGCGUCGGUGGCGCGGGCGCGGGAGGCCGCCGCGGCGUUGCGGGAGGCUGGGAACGCUGUCGAGGACCUCGCCGCCGAGCUCGUCGCGCUGAAAGGGGAGCUGGAGUCCUCGCGCGCCGCCCAUGUCCAGGCGGAGGAGAAGAGGAUGCUGCUGGCGGUCGCGUGGGAGGAAGACAAGUCGCGGUGGCAGAUCGAGCUGGAGGAAGGCGAGCUGGAGGCCAAGAGGCUGCGAGAGGAGCUCGCGGCGGCCUGCGACGUCGAGAUGAAGGCGGAGGCCGCUUCCGAACUGUUGGCGAGCCUAAAAGCCGAGCUCGUCGCUUGGGCCGCGGAAGGAACACUGGACCAGGAGGAGAAGCCGGCGACGAUCGGCACCCAGUCGGUGCUGGCGAAGACCAAGAAGGAGCUCGACGACGUGAAGGCGAGCGUCGAGAGGGCCAAGGACGAGGCCAAGUGCCUGCGCGUCGCCGCCGCCUCGAUGCGGGAUGAGCUGGAGAAGGAGAAAGUGGAGAUCACCGCGCUGCGGCGGAGGGAAAGGGAGAGGGAAGGGCUCUCGUCAAAGUCCAUCCCUUACCUCGAGGAGGAGCUGAGGUGGGUGACCGCCGAGCUCGCCGCGGCGGAGGCACGAGCCAAGGCGCACGACGACGAGAGCAAGAUGGCCGAGGCACGGCGCCAAGCGGAGGAAGCGAAGGCGAAAGCCAGGUCGGCUCGAGAGGAGGUCGCCAGGGCCAGGGAAGACGCGAGCGUGGCCAAGGCCGCCGUCGCGGCCAAGGAGGCGCGGCUGGAGGCGGUGACGCGGGAGAUACUCGCCGCGAACACGUCGGAGGAGAUCGCCACGGCCUCGGCCGGCGCGCUGAUGCAAGAAAGCAAGCCGUCGAAAAAUGCACAGAGCAAUAAGGCCGUCGAAGAGGGUGGGAACGUGACGCUGACGGUGGAGGAGUACGAGGAGCUGAGCCGGAGAGCGCAGGAGACAGAGGAGGCCGCCGGCAUGCGGGUGGUCGAGGCGGUGAAGCUGAUCAAGGAGGCCAAGGACGCGGAGGUGAGGAGGCUGGAGAAGGUGGCGCGGCUGGACAAGCAGACCGAGCUGAGGCGGCAGGCGCUGGAGGCCGCGACGCUGGAGGCCGAGGAGGCGGAGUUCGAGAAGCUGUCGGCGGAGCGGGAGCUCAGGCAAUGGCGCGCCGAGCACGAGCAGGGGCGCGCGCCGGGUGACACCGGCUCGCCCCGGCCGGGCCUAGCCGAGAUCUCCGUGCUCAACGACCCGAGCGCCGGCGAGGGGCGCGGGAACCCGCACAUAGUCAGCCCGAGAGGAGGGUACAUGCCGCGGACGGAGCUGUGGUCGGCGGCGGACGCGGACGCGGACGCGAGGCAGAGGAACAAGACCUUCUUCCCGCGGAUUGUCAUGUUCUUGGCGCGAAAGAGAGCUCAGACUUGGAAGUGAUCAACGACCGGCUUCUUUUUGAAUUUUCUUUUUGGCUUAUGUGUCUCUUGGGACUUGCUUUUUGAACAUGGCUUGCUCGGAACGGAUGAAAUAUGACGAUGAUACAAGUGUAAAAUAUGUACUGAUCACACAGGCUGACAGGCAGAUCAUAACUUUUUUUUUACCGGAGUUAGUGAUCCUUGCUUGGAAAUAUUGACGGACUCGAUAA